UGGCACUCAGAAAAGAUAACGGGGGUUGGACUAAAGUGACAAAAGCAUAGAAUAAAAAACGGAGAGCUUAGCUGGUUUCCUCUUCUUCUGCUUUCCCUCCCUUUCUUCUCCUCCCUCCCGUCCUCUUUUCUGUCUUCUUCACGAGAAAUUAUAACGUGCGGAGUCCGGACUUAGCUCAGCACCAUCGUCAAAACACCAACUUGAGUGGAUUAAAGAGUUGUAGAGUUGAGAAAAAAUUGAUUUUUUUUUCUUUUUAUGGGCGCCGUCAUGUGGCUGGCGGCGGCGGCGACGGCCGCAAGCCUGAUGUGUCUACUUUCUCCGGCGGCCGCAUCAGUUGCCUACGACCACAAGGCAAUUAUCAUAAAUGGGCAGCGAAGGAUACUCAUAUCUGGGUCCAUUCACUAUCCGAGAAGUACUCCUGAGAUGUGGCCGGAUCUGAUUCAGAAGGCUAAAGAUGGUGGCUUGGACGUUAUACAAACUUAUGUCUUCUGGAACGGACACGAGCCCUCUCCUGAGCAGUAUUAUUUUGAGGAUAGAUAUGAUCUGGUUCGCUUCAUCAAGCUAGUGCAGCAGGCUGGCCUCUAUGCUAACCUUCGCAUUGGGCCCUAUAUUUGCGCUGAGUGGAACUUUGGGGGAUUCCCCGUCUGGCUAAAAUACAUUCCUGGGAUCCAGUUCAGAACCGAUAACGAGCCUUUCAAGGCUGCAAUGGAGAAAUUCACAGCGAAGAUAGUGUCUAUGAUGAAGGCUGAAAAUCUAUUUGAGUGGCAAGGAGGCCCCAUCAUCCUUUCUCAGAUAGAGAACGAAUUUGGCCCACCUGAGUAUGAUCAAGGAGAGCCAGCAAAGAACUAUGUAUCAUGGGCUGCACAAAUGGCGGUUGGCCUUGAUACAGGGGUCCCAUGGAUCAUGUGCAAGCAAGAUGAUGCUCCUGAUCCUGUUGUUAACACUUGUAAUGGCUUUUAUUGUGAUUACUUCUAUCCAAACCAACCUUACAAGCCCACUAUGUGGACAGAAGUUUGGACUUCGUGGUUCACCGGAUUUGGAGUUCCAGUGCCGCAUCGGCCUGUUGAAGACUUGGCUUUUUCUGUUGCAAAGUUUAUACAGAAGGGUGGAUCUUUUGUUAACUACUAUAUGUACCAUGGAGGAACAAAUUUUGGGCGCACGGCAGGUGGUCCUUUUAUUGCAACUAGUUAUGACUAUGACGCUCCGAUCGAUGAAUUUGGCCUAUUGAGGCAACCAAAAUGGGGUCACUUGCGAGACCUUCAUAGAGCUAUCAAAUUGUGUGAGAUGGCUUUGAUUUCUGGUGAUUCUGUUGUGACUUCUUUGGGAAAUUCUCAAGAGUCACAUGUUUUCAGGUCAAAUUAUGGAGAUUGUGCUGCAUUUCUUGCCAACUAUGAUGUGAAAUCUUAUGCUAGGGUUACUUUCAAUGGAAUGCACUAUGAUCUUCCUCCUUGGUCCAUUAGUAUCCUCCCAGAUUGUAAAACCACAGUUUUCAAUAGCGCAAGGGUGGGAGCUCAGACCUCACUGAUGCAAAUGAAUUGGAUAGGAGGCUUCUCUUGGGAAUCAUACAAUGACUAUACCACCUUCAAUGGUGACUUAUCGUUCACUACUACAGGGUUAUUGGAGCAAAUAAAUGUGACUAGAGAUAUAACUGAUUAUCUUUGGUAUACAACAUAUGUUGACAUAAAUGAAAGCGAAGGCUUUUUGAAGGGUGGAUAUUAUCCUGUUCUCACUGUGAUGUCUGCUGGUCACUCUCUGAAUGUUUUUAUCAAUGGGCAGCUAUCAGGUAUGUCAUAUGGUGGUGUUGAGGAUCCCAGAUUUACAUAUUCUGGAAAUGUGAUGUUGCGUGCCGGAAGUAACACUAUUUCAAUCUUAAGUGCAUCAGUUGGGCUUCCUAAUGUUGGCGAGCAUUUUGAGACAUGGAAUGCUGGGGUUCUUGGGCCUGUAGUAUUAAGUGGUCUUGACGAUGGAUGGAGAGAUCUAACAUGGCAGAAGUGGACUUACCAGAUUGGUUUGAAAGGUGAGACUCUGAAUCUUCAUGCGCUCUCUGAAAGCUCUGAGUGGGGAGAAGCAGAUCCGAAGCAGCCACUAACGUGGUACAAGGCCUUCUUUGAUGCGCCAAGUGGGAACGAACCAUUGGCAUUAGACAUGAGUAGCAUGGGAAAAGGGCAGAUUUGGAUAAAUGGGCAAAGCAUUGGCAGAUAUUGGCCUGGAUAUACUGCAACUGGUGAUUGCAGUCCAUGCGAUUACCGUGGCGAAUACAAUGAGAGGAAGUGCCAAAGUAACUGCGGCGAACCCUCGCAAAGAUGGUAUCAUCUUCCUCGCGCUUGGCUAAACCCAACUGGGAACCUACUGGUCGUGUUUGAAGAGUGGGGCGGGGAUCCGACGGGAAUUUCGCUGGUGGCUAGAACUGUAGGGAGUGUUUGCGCUUACGUGUCGGAAUGGCAGCCAUCGAUAACUAACUGGAGAACUAAAGAAUAUGGAAAUCCAAAAGUUCAUCUGUCCUGUGAGGAAAAGAAUAUAACAAGCAUAAAAUUUGCGAGCUUCGGUACUCCACAAGGUGUCUGUGGAGGCUACUGGGAAGGCAGCUGCCAUGCUCACAACUCUUAUGAUAUAUUUGAGAAGAGGUGCAUCGGUCGUCAAUCCUGUGCUAUUGCAGUUGUUCCAGAAGUUUUCGGCGGUGAUCCGUGCUCGGGAGUAAUGAAGUCAGUUGCAGUGGAGGCCAUAUGUGGGUGAAAUCUGGUUACAGAACCAUGAAUUAUAACAAGACAUCAUAAUUUUCUCAGCUAUACACACAAGUUUCAGUACAGAUUCUUAACCUUCAAUUCAUACAAAUAGAUUGUGGCAUUGUUGGUUUGGAUAUUGGUGAUAGUGGUGAUCGGCAGAAGAAAGCACCAUUGAUUUCAGUAGAAAAGUAGAAUUUACAAAUGCAAAUUGUUGGAUGCAGAAACUAAGGCAGUGGUUGAAGAUUUUGGCUGUAAAAAUGGGUUCUUUAAGCGAGCCUCAACUUACAGAGGAAGAGGAUUAUCAAUUUCAACUUGUUCUAUCACGAUCUGUUUGAUUUUAUCAAAUUCAUUGAAGCAUUUUGAUUCAAAUUUGGUAUAUCAAUCGCCUGACAAUUGGAUGUCUUAUCUUCACUUAUUUGUUUCUUCCAUUGAAUGGAUUUCUGUGUGAUGAACCAAAAUGCUUUGCAGCAGUGAUUUCUGUGCAAUUGAUAUGA